GCGGCGUUGUCAGCAGCUCGGAUGGCGAGCGAGGAGGAUCGAGGUCAGCGAAGCCGGACCCAGGCAAAAGCUUGUCCAGACUCCAGCUUCUCCAACCAUUUGCCUCUGCAUGCCCACUGUUCCCCGCACUAGCGAUGGUCUCUCGGCAUCAUUACUGACCACCGCUGCCACCGCUGCGCCUGUUGGUUCGAGAGUGCCGAAAGAAAUCUGCUAGAUCGGACCCAAGACCCAAGACUGACGUCUUGGGUCCAACUCUAUCCUCUGGAAUUCCUCCCGGGUAGAUUAAGACACCAACCUGCCUUGUGAAACACCUGCAACGGCCGUCACCCCGCAGACCAAACCAAACCACCCAAGCAGAUCAAGUACCCUCCACCCUCCACCCAGCAUGGCCCCUCCCUUCCGCGCCGAGCACAUGGGCUCGCUCCUCCGGCCCCAGCCCCUCCUGGAUGCCCGAGAGGCCAUCCGCCAGGGCAAGACGCCCGACGAGGCCGGCCUGCCCGACCUGGAGAAGCAGGCGGUGGCCGACGUGGUCAAGCUGCAGGCCGACCUGGGCUUCCGCGCCGUCACCUCGGGCGAGUUCAACCGCACCCGCUUCUGGGGCAAGAUGUGGGACGAGUUCGAGGGCACCGUGGCCCUGCAGGAGGCCGACGCCAGCAUGUUCCGCCUCUACCACCCGGACGUCGUCUCGCUCAUCGAGAAGGAGCGCAAGGUCAUGCCCGGCGACAGCGUCAUCGCCGGCUCCAAGCUGAGCCACAGCGCCGACAAGAGCCACAGCAACCUGCACGAGCUCAGGCUGAUCCAGGCCGCCCUGCCCAAGGAGAGGUGGGCCGACAUCAAGCUGACCAUCAUCACCCCCGCCUGGUUCCACAUGCGCUACAAGCAGGGCAAGGCCUGGAAGGAGGGCGUCUAUGCGAGCGACGCCGACUACUUCGCCGACGUCGCCAAGGUCUACCAGGCCGAGCUGGACCUGCUGUACAAGGCAGGGCUGAGGAACGUGCAGUUCGACGACCCUGGCCUGGCAUACUUCUGCUCCCAAAAGUUCCGCCAGGGCUGGGCCGAGGACAAGGACAACGUGGGCGAGGUGGACGACCUGCUGGACGCGUACAUCAAGCUCUACAACGACAGCAUCUCCAAGGUCCCCGCGGACAUGCACACGGGCGUGCACCUGUGCCGGGGCAACUUCAUCGGCGGGCGCCACUUCGCCGAGGGCGCGUACGACAUCAUCGCGUCCAAGCUGUUCCGCGACCUCAAGGUCGACACCUUCUACCUCGAGUACGACACGGAGCGCGCGGGCGGGUUCGAGCCGCUCAAGUACCUCCCCAAGGAGCGCAACGUGGUGGUGGGCGUCAUCAGCACCAAGCUGCGCGAGCUCGAGGACAAGGAGGAGAUGAAGAGGCGCAUAUACAAGGCCGCCGAGUACGUGGCCGAGGGCACAGGCCAGUCCAAGGAGGAGGCCCUCAAGCAGAUCGCCGUCAGCCCCCAGUGCGGCUUCAGCACCCACGAGUCCGGGUACCCGCUCAGCCUCGAGGACGAGAAGAAGAAGCUGGCCCUGGUGAGGCAGAUCGCCGACGAGAUCUGGGGCGAGCCUUAGAUGAGCCGGGCUCCCAACAGUCCAGGUGAUUUCGAAAGGGGGAGGAGGGGGGUGUGGGAGUUUAAAAAAGGGCUGUGUGGCGUCUUAGCGUCUUGAACUGGGGAUUAGUUGUGGCAUUUAGUUGUGGCAUUUCAACAGCAUAAGUGGUCGUCGAUGCAUGGGCCGGGCGAGCGAGCGAAAGAAUGGCCCCCGGUUUGGGGUGACGGUGUUUUUGGGUCCGGAGGCGGGCUGGUUGGUCACGGGAAUCGGGAAUGAUACCAUGGAUUCAACUUCCAUCUUGGUUUUGGGCGGCUGGGUUGAGUGGAUUACACACACGGAAGCAUGUCUUGUCAAGUCAAAAGAGUGUUGCAAUGAGAAACAAAUGUCAAAAGAGGACGGACGGGACCUUGGCUAAACGAUAGCUCGCCCGUUAGAUCCCAGAGAUCUGGCAACGGGCAGGCGGCGAGCGGCAAGCGGCAAUGCGGAGGGAACCAUGUGUUGUGGUGGAGGUCUCUAUUCCGUAAGUGGCAGCUCGAUAGGCUCCCAGGUCGCACCGGAGGAACCAGACCAUUGGUGCGCAUGGCAAAUCGAAAACAAGCCGCCCUUAAAAGGACCGAUGAAAAAGC